AUGGAAAGUGAAGACCAAAUUGUUCAGGAAAAGCUUAUCCAGAAGAUCAGUCUAGAGAAGUCACUCCUGAUAGAAAGCAUCCAGCAAGAAUUUCAGAGAUGUUGCUGUAUCUACUACAAUAUAUUUUCAGAGGAAAUUAAAGCUAGACUGCCUGAUGCAGAAUCUGAUGGACAUUCAGUAAACUAUUGGUUUCAAUUAUUUUUCAAAAGACUUAAAUAUAUGAGCCUUGUGAAAAAAUUAAAAUUUCUAAAGUUCUUCAAUGUAAAUAAGGUCGAAUUGAAGAUUGGCAAGGAGAGAAAUUAAGAAUAUUCUAAAUUUCAUAGACUUCUCAUUGCCCAAUAAAAUGAAAGAUUUAAAUACUUAUCUCACUUUUGAAAUGAAACCGAAAAGAGCUACUUACUUUAACUCAUUGGUCAGGAUCAGCUCUAAAGUAACCCGAAGAGUGGGAUUCCUAUUUUUCAGAUUUAGUCUCCCUCAACUGAAGAGGUUGGUAGCAGCUUACAGACAUGUGGCAAUAUUGGAAAUUUGGAAAUGAGAGUUGUCCAUUCCAACAGUUCCUGAUUUCUCAAAGGCACUCCAAAAUUGCCAAAUUAAGAAAAUAAGUUUAUGGAGAAUAGGAACCGAUUCUUACAGAAAUUGGGAAGACCAUCCUGAUGAGUUCAAGAACUUGAUACAAGGCUUCGCAACAUCUUCGGAUUUAAGGUUAAGUCUCAAGAAAGUAUACAUUCCUUAUUGUAGAAUUAAAAAAAGUGAAGCUCAGAAAAUCUUUGCAGACAAUCAGCUCGAAGGAGUAGAAAUAAUUGGUGGAUCUUAAAUUCCUGGAAAA